AUGAGUAUCUUCGACUUGUCUCAAGGCAACCAUCCUAAUUCUCUGGCCGGCUACAUCCAGAGCGCUGUGAACGCCCUUGAGCCCGAGAAGUUGGAAGGUGACCUUCUGAUGAUUCGCGACCUGGAGCUUUUCGGCAAUACCAACGUCGAGGCGGCGCUUGAAUUUCAGACGGACAAGAUGCUCGAUGCCAUUGUAGGCACCUUGCACAUCAAUCCUGCCCCACCGACGCUGAUGCUAACAGCGAACAACCUGGCGAAGUUCUCUGCCCCAUGCCAGCAAUUGGCACACGACCGAGCUGAUAGCCGGUAG